GAAGGAGGAGGAACGAUAAGGAUUUGGCAUGGGCAUUAGUCUAUUUGAGCCAGGAAGCAGUCUUUCCCACUUGAUUGUGCCCUAAGCCCUGCUAGGAUAAGGUCUAACUCUAAUCCAAGGGCGACAGAUCCCUCCCCGCUGCCCACCCAGGAGCGGGUGUGCCCACGCCAGCCACACUGGCAUACUCACAGGGAUCCCAGCCGCACUGCUGCGCGGUGAGGGGUGAGCAAGGGGCAGCCUUCCCAACAGGAAAGUCUCCUGUUGCGGCUCAGGAGAAGGGAGCCAAUGCUUGCCUUGGAGGAGGUCUGCUCUGCGCCCUGCGUAGAUUGGUGCUGAUUAAUCUUACCAGUUGUGUGUAUGUGCAAGAAAAAAAAGAAAUCAGAGACGCUGCCUGCCUGCUCCGAUCUCGCGCGCGCUCUCUCUUCUGCUCUCUCCCUCCCAUUGCAAACAUUGGAUUUAAACCUGCUCAGAAUUCAGCAUAGAGGAAUCAGCAGCAGCAACAGCAGCAGCAGCAGGAGCUCCGAGCAAGCAAGUGCUGCAGCCUCGAGAUGUACCAUCCCUCCUACUGGAUCUUCUUCUCAGCGACCACUGCCCUCCUCUUCAUCCCAGGUGCUUUGUGACCACUGCUACCUGUGCUGCACUACAGCUGGACUUACACAGGUGAUGGAGAACUAAAACCAGGUUGGAAGACUUUGCAAGCUGUCACUUUUAACUGUUGAAUUAUCUCCCCAGCCCUAAGGAGUGCCAGUGCGCAGCGGAGAUGCCACCUUCCCCAAAGCUAUGGACAACGUGACGGUCCGGCAGGGGGAGAGCGCCACCCUCAGAUGUGCCAUAGAUGAUCGGGUCACCAGGGUAGCCUGGCUGAACCGCAGCACCAUCCUCUAUGCUGGGAAUGACAAGUGGUCUAUAGACCCUCGUGUGAUCAUCCUGGUCAACACGCCAACCCAGUACAGCAUCAUGAUCCAGAACGUGGAUGUGUAUGAUGAAGGUCCAUACACCUGCUCUGUGCAGACAGACAACCAUCCAAAGACAUCUCGGGUGCACCUCAUAGUGCAAGUUCCUCCCCAGAUAAUGAACAUUUCUUCAGACAUCACUGUAAAUGAGGGAAGCAGUGUGACCCUGCUGUGUCUUGCUAUUGGCAGACCAGAGCCAACUGUGACAUGGAGACACCUGUCAGUCAAAGGGCAGGGCUUUGUGAGUGAAGAUGAAUAUCUGGAAAUCUCUGACAUCAAACGUGACCAGUCCGGGGAGUAUGAAUGCAGUGCUUUGAAUGACGUUGCUGCACCCGAUGUGCGGAAAGUAAAAAUCACUGUGAACUAUCCUCCCUAUAUCUCAAAAGCCAAGAAUACUGGUGUCUCAGUCGGCCAGAAGGGCACCUUGAGCUGUGAAGCAUCUGCCGUCCCCAUGGCUGAAUUUCAGUGGUUCAAGGAAGAUACUAGGUUAGCCACUGGCCUAGAUGGAGUGAGGAUUGAAAAUAAAGGCCGCAUAUCCACUCUAACUUUCUUCAAUGUCUCAGAGAAAGACUACGGGAACUAUACCUGUGUGGCCACAAACAAGCUUGGCAAUACCAAUGCCAGCAUCACACUGUAUGAAAUAAGCCCCUCAUCAGCAGUGGCAGGGCCUGGAGCAGUCAUUGAUGGUGUAAACUCAGCCUCCAGAGCACUGGCUUGUCUCUGGCUCUCUGGGAUGCUCUUUGUCCAGUUCUUCAUCAAGUUUUGAUGAGAAACCAUAGGUUUUCUGAGCAACGUCUGCUUCUCCAUAUCAGAGACUUUAAUCUGCACUGCAGAGGGCAAACCAGUUUGGGCUAAUUUUUGUUCUCCUUCUUGAUUUUUGUUUUCUGGGACUUUCAAUUUAUUUGAUUUGCUUUUCUAGUUGGAAUGAGUGGGACUGGGGUCAGGGUGGGCAGGGCUCUACAACGGGUAUGAUAAUCAUUCAUUGGUGUGUCCAAAAAUGGAAUCUGCUCCUGCUACAUUGCUUGGCCCUUUUCUUUUUCUCUACUUCUCUUCCUGCCAUCUGUUAUACCAAACUUCACACACACACACACACACACACACACACACACACACACACACAUCAUGGGGACAAAUACAUGCCUCAUGACAAAUACCCUGAAUAUGCAACUUGUCUCAUACUGCAGUAUAUAGCAAGAAUUGCAUCGACAUGUCCGAUUAUCCUUCUCUUCUAAAAUUUGAUCAUUUUAUUCAUUUUAUUGUACAUGUUCUUUCCCCUAUCUUCCAUUAGAACUCACAUUUUUCCGAAGAUGUAAUCUCACUAUAUACAUACAUUCAUAUAUAUAUAUAUAUAUAUAUAUAUAUAUAUAUAUAUAUAUAUAUAUACACAUAAUUUCCAUAUAUAAAUUUUGCCAUUUUCUCCAACCACUCGGCUCCACUUAUUUCUUCCACUAGCUAUAGAGAUUAGAGGCUUGGUACUAUGCAUGUAACCCAAAACUAAAAAUUUAGAAAUUAAGUUACCAAAAAUGGGAAGUAUGUUAAAGACAAUACUUCUCUAAAAAGUGUAUUCAGCUCAUAAAUUUGAUCAAUAGAUGGCUCAUUGUUUAUUUAAUAAAUCUAUCAAAGUAAUCAUACCAUUAUCCAUCUACUUGACUAAUUCAUCUCUCCACUCAAUUUAUCUGCCCACCUGCCUUUAUCUCUUGUAAUCUAUAUGCUCUAUUUAUAAUUCUGUCAGUGUAAUUAUCUAAGAGAUCUUUGUAUUUCUCUUCCCACAACUCACUAUGAAUUCAUCACCAUAUUAAUCUCUAGUCAUAUUGUAUCUAUACCACAAUCUCCAUUUCUCUUCUACCAUUAGUAGCCGUUGUCAUCUUCAAAAUUGCCUAGCAACUUCUCAUGUGAAAACCAAUGAUCUCACAGGCCACCUACACUGAAGAACAGUAUCCUCUGUCAUAGACUUUCUGGAACAUGAUAACUGCCCACCCAAAUUAGAGGCUAUUAACAGAUGGGUCAGAGUAGCAAUCUAUAGAUCAUGCACUCAUGAUUCCUAAAAGAGGUAUUUCCUAAUCCACCUUGUUGGGAAGGUCAUCAACCUUGGAGAAGCCUUGGUUAGUACUGUGUUUCUUCUUUCACAGCUGCAGGAUUAAUGUACCAACCUCAUGAUUCACUCAGUAUCUCAAAAAAGGUGCACAUUAGGAACUUACAGGAACUUCUCCUUGGCUGGAUUUUCUUAGUAGCAAGAACCUGACAAAACCACACAUCUGCGAUGUAAAGACAGUUGUUCCUCUGCCAAAGUGUGACAACGAUAGUUACAGAUUUCUUUUCUGCUCCAGUUCAACUUUGAAUUGUUUGAAAAUUAUCCAGUAAAAAGCUGAUGGAGGCCAAUUACAUGGCGAGUGUGUUGACAACUCUGGUAUUUGUUUCAGGAAGCUCUUGUGAGCUGAGGGCACUUGAGCUACUGACUUAAUUUCCAAGCACUUGAUUAACACAACACUGCAAACAGAGGAGGUAGUGCAAAUGACACAGUUCCCUUUGCUACUAGCUGCUUCUCUGGCUUUCAAGAAGAUAGCCCCUGACUUCCUAUGUUUAAAGCAGAGCUAUACAAACAACGACAGAUCCAAACUUUCUGCAUUGUCUCCUGGCAUCAGAAGGAUUCAGCCAGCCAGAGAUCCUGCAAAUCAACAGAAUAGCACUGAAAGUCGGCAAGGUCUGUGCUGUAGGGACUGGCCUGCUAAGGAAGAGCAUUAGCUUUGACUUUCUCACAGACCUGUUCAAACCUCCCUAGGAAACAAUUGUCAGCUCCACCUUUACAAACUAACAAAUAUGAGUUUCAUCCCCUUAAUGCUUUACUGACCUCUUGUUCCAAUAUAAGUGCCCUUUCUGUCCAUCUACUAUGGUAACAUGAUCACAACUUUAAAAGUGGUGACACACACACACACACACACCAUAUACAAAUAUAGGCUGCCUUGACAUACAAAAGCUGGGCACUGUUGUAGGAGGUAUAGCUGGUGUGAACAAAAUUAAUAUUGUAUUUGCCAGCUGUAAACAGACAUCUGCAUUUCCUAUUGAGUUGCCAAGAAUAAGAUUUUGGGAACACAAAUGAUGUGCCAAAAACAGUCUAUUGAUUCCAAGUUCCAGAGGCAAUCAUGAGCAGGCAGAAAGUCAAAACUAAAGGUCGGCAUACACAUUUUGGAUCUGUCACUGCACUCAGCACCUGGGACAGGGUUGGUGUCAGACGCUGUGAGGAUACAUGGCAUUUGAUAGCUCUACUGAAACUAUAUCUGCUACUUUACAAUAAAAGUAAAUGUGGAUACUAUGGUGUUGAAAAUUGUGAGAACAUGGUUCUUGAAAUAGACAAACAGUAACUAUUCUAAUGCACACUUGCAGUAAAGAAAGCUGUCUAUCUUCCUUGAACAAGCAGGCUGUCAGAACCUUUAAGAUGCAGUGAGUCUGGAUUCACAUCACUACAGAACUCAGCUCUGCCCCCUUUCACUGGAUGCUAACAAGUAUCUUUGUGGGUUAUCUAUUCAAGCCAUCUUUCAGAUGGAAAAAGAAUAAAAGAUGCUACAGUCAAUCCUCCUCUGUCUGGAAUUAAAAAAAAAAAAAGCCAAGUUGAAAAGACCCAAGGCAGCUUGGUAAUGGAUGUGAAGAGACAUGGUCCAGCAGUGGCACCUAAGUGACUUUGGUGGGGAUGGUUAUGUGUGAUCUUGAAACAAAUAGAACAGUAAAAUGUUAACUAAAGGAAAUAUUCACACUUGAAAUGAUUUCCAGUUUUAUACAUGAAGGGUGGAAGGCUAAGACCUACUGCACAUAUUUGUUCCAUGAUUGCAAUGGUGGGGGUAUAGAGGGGAUAAGGGUAAGGAAAAGAAAUGCACAAGUGUCUAAGCAGUUUAGUUUAUUGGCAGUUUUCUAAGUAGAAAGGAAACUAAAUAAGCCUUACCUUGAGAUUAAGCAAGAAAAACUCAGCAAAGGUAGUUGGUGUGAAACUCUUCCCCUUACCCUUCCCCAAACAAAGGUAAUGUGUACUCCCAAUGAAAAUGCUAGUGUUAAGGUUCUGGCCAAUCUUGUUUUUCAGUUGUUUAAUGUCAAGUGUCUGCUAUGGUCAUCUGUGAAUCUAAGCAAGGGUGUUUAUUUUUUCUUUUAUGUUAUCAUUGGGAAGGGUAGAGAUUUAGGGGACUGGUUGUCAAACACAGAUCUUAUAGCAGUGAGCUCAGUGCAUGGCUAUUCUGCUGGUGGCUACAGUUGAGCUCAGCUCAACAGAACAAAAGGAGGGCUUUGUGCAACCAUAAGGACUCAGCUUCUUUCCUCUGAAGUCCAGGCUUCUUACUAGAAGAUGUUGCUAUAGGUUGCAAAGUUAGUUCUCAAAAUCUGAUAGGAAAUGUGCUUCAGGCCUCCCAGAGCCCCCAUCUGAGGCUGUAUCCCUAUGGUCAGCUUGCCUCAAAAAAAGAUAGUAGCAAGCUCAUUACAGAGACUGCAUCAGGAAUAGCUAUAAACCGAUAACUAGAGUUGUCACAGGUACUUCCAGUACCAAUGGGGUACCUGUCUUCAGUAGUGACACAUGGUUGUUAGGAGCCCCAUCAUAGAUGGUGGGGAGGAAGAGUUUGCAAAGUUAUGAGGAGGUACCUGUCUUUAAUUUGACUGUGAGGUCUCACUAGAACAGAACUACCUAGUUUGGUAAUAUAUAGAACCAACCCUCCCCACACAAUAUGUUUAUUCCUUUUAGAAUUAGGAGAAACUAUAAUUUUAUACAUAAGUGUUACUGAGGACUUUACUAUAUGACCAUAUUGCAAAUUGCUCAUGUUCCCAUGGGGUAUCCUCUUUUGUCCCCUCUCUCCCUCCCCAUUCCAUUAAGCACCCUCCUCAGGGGGAGUUUGGUAAUCAUUGUGGAGUCACCAAUGUACCAAGAUAACAUUUUUUUUUUCCUUUUUGGCAAACUGAAUUUUUUCCUCUAAAGACUAGAAUCUUUGGUUUUUAUUUUAUGCAAGCUCUAUUCCCAGUUCCUCUCAUGCCAGAUGAUUGCUUCUCUCCUUAUUAUCCAAGGUUCCCCUGUGCUUUCUUUCAAGACAAGUAAGUUUGAGUAGCUGCCACAACACUUCACAGGUGUGUAAGUAGGAAAGAAACAUUUGAAAAGAUACCAUACCACAAGAACUCUUAAUGACCAUGAAAAGCAAACAAAUAAAAUGCCAGGCUCAUUUCCUUCACUUAUUGAUUAAAAGAAGAGGUAUAAAUGAAAGGAAGAAGAGAUAGAUUCACAAUUAAAAGAUGUGGUAUAAAAAUAAAGCUGAACCAGAUCAUCUUAGCUUCCAGGUGCAGAGUACUCAGGGCCCAAAAGAGCGUGGAGAGUGCUUAAUUAGUUGUCCUUGUUAUCCUGGCAAAAGUGAAUGGCUAAGCCUAAUUUCUUGCAGUUGGGAGAGACUUCUUUUUGUUUCUUUUAGUGGUGCCCUUUUAAAGCACAUAGUUUUCCACAACAUUGGGUAGAGAAACAUUGUGAACCCUCUACCUUCUCUGGAAGGCUACAUUCUACAUCACUUGUCAGAUAAUAUGAAUAUUAAUAAUAAGAAUGAUAAUUAAUAAUAGCAGCCCUUGUGUUAGUGAAAGGGAGCAUUUUUAAUCAUUCAUAAAAUUUUUGUGACAUGUAAAGUGCAAUUGUGAGGAAUGUGGGGGUGUACGAAAAUGUGUCUGUCAAGUUCAGAGUCCUCUAAGCUUAAAAAUAUGACUUUUAUCAAUGGUGCCAUUAGUAGCUGUGUCAGACAAUGGGUUUGCCCAUUUUCACAAUUUUCCUUAAAACAAAUCUAUGUUUAAAUGCUUUAAAAUUUUAUCACAUGAUACAAGAUUAUAAGUUUGUCAGCUUUCGAAAGAUCAUUUUCCUUUUUCUUUCCAGUUUUUCCUUUAAAAAUCAAUGGAGAUUUGAAUUCUGUCAAUCAUUGUAUUGAGGGUGAAUAUACUACCUGAAUUUUGUGCAUGUUCCAUUGUAGUUGUAACCCUUUCUAAUUCAGGAUGGAUAUGAGGUGGUUGUGAUUGUGCAGUGAAUCAAUAAAGUUUGAAGAAAUUUGUAA